ACGCCAUUCGCGAACGGCGUACGCCAGUCACGAAUCAAUGUAUUCCCGUAUCGCGUACGCCAGUCACGAAUCCCCGCGGGCGGUGUAAAAGAGGGGCUUCCGAGCCAUCCGUUGAAAUGGCUCGGCAGAGGGUCUAAUACAGCUUCCUGCAUGUAUAUAGCUACUAAUUCAUAGCUUACACCAUUAAUUCAAUUACAAUGGAACAAGACGAGCAAAGUCUAACAUAUAUAGCCUUUCCAAAUGAUGUUCGAAAGGCAUUUGACGAAUUCAUUCACGCCGACUCGUACAACAAUCGAGAACGCAUUGAAUACUCGAAAUGGGUUCGAUUACACAUACAUCUUGAUCAAUCCAACCUAGUACCAGAAACCCAGACAGAUUCACGAUUGCGGCAUCGGGCCUACAGCGAAUUUGAGCUUAUUAACAAGAAGCUCUAUCGUCAACCUGAUAAACGCUUUACAAAGUCAAGAUAUGUGGUGCCAGAGAGCGAAGCCUUUGAUAUUAUCGCCAACAAGCAUCUCCAGCUUCUUCAUACUGGCCAAGAUAAGACUUGGGAUGCAAUUAAACAACAAUUUUACGGUAUUAAGCGUGAAGAGGUUAUAUUUGUCGUUAAACGAUGCAAGACCUGCGCACUAAAUCGUCCCUCUGCAAUCAAAGCUCCAUUAGUACCAAUUAUAUCAGAUCGAGCAUGGGAACGAAUACAGGCCGAUCUAAUCGAUAUGCGUCAUGAACCAUCCGACCAAUUCAAAUGGAUCUUACAUAUAAAAGAUCACUUUACAAAAUACACUCAACUAUACGCACUUACAAGCAAAGAAGCCGAUCCAAUCGCCAAAGCCUUCCUUCAGUUCAUCAGCGCGUUCUUACCACCUAAGAUCGUACAAACCGACAAUGGUAGAGAAUUCAAGGGGGCUUUUUUAAUUCUACUACGGCAAUAUGGUAUCCAGAUCAUCAAUGGCGCCCCAAGAUCACCUCAAACGCAAGGCUUAGUUGAACAGGCGAAUGGGGUAGUAUCAAGUAAGAUAACUGCAUGGAAAGCAGAUCAUCAGUCAACACAAUGGGCAGAGAGCCUCACUGAGAUUACUUUGGCAAUGAAUACGCAGAUACACUCAUCAAUUAAGUGUGCACCAGCCGAAUUACUCUUUCGAGAGCGCUCGGCUUACAAGGACUGGCUUAAUAAUCGAAUGAGGAGGGAUCCAUCAAUUGGAAUUAAUCAAGAAGACCCCAAUCGAACUCCAAUAUACGGCUUAACGCCAGAAAAGCCACGCAGAAGCCAUACGCCCGAGUCAAACAGCCAAAUGGGCCGGAGGCAGACCUUGCAUAAUACGGAGAUUACUAUACACAUCUCAUCAAGCUCAUCAAGCUCUGAUGUUGAUAUACGAGUAACACCACCUUUACCAGCAGCAAGUUCAGUUAUAGAAGUUGAUCCUAUAAUUAAAGCUGCUCAAAUCGCUACAAAAAAAUCGAAGAUACGGAUGAUACGCAAAUAUUCCAAGCAUCAUACUAUUCAGCACUUUGAAGUCAACGAUAUCGUCUCUAUUAAGAUCCCAAGAGAAGAUCGAACCUCUACAGAUAACAAACGACUCUUUGGGAGAGUUUUAGAAGAGCCAUACAGUCAUCGAUAUAGAAUUCUUACCAAAUCUGGAGUUAUCAAACGGCUUAUUCCAACCAAAUCUCUAUGUGUAGUAGAUAAGACACUCUGGUCCGGUAUACAGAUUCCAUCUACAACAGAAGAAAUUACACUACGAGAAGCAGCUCGAGAUGCAUCAACAAGUAUACGAGUUACCGUAUCUUGCCAAUGUAAAGCUGCCUGCAGUACACGACGGUGUAGAUGCUUUAGAGAGAAGCAGAAGUGCAGUAUUCACUGCCAUAGAGAUGAUCAUGAUUGUGGGAAUCUAUCUGCAUUGCCAAUCCGUACAGAGAUAGCUUUAAUUGGGCAGCCACAACGAAGGAGAACACGGGCAAACACCCGUAGAGAGAUGUAGAAGGCUCUAUGUUGCGAGUGAUUGAGCCAAAUCACUCGAAGUAGUUCUCUAGAGCACAGAUAGCAUAUUGCGAUAGUAAAAUUAAUGAAUUCAGCUAGUUUAACUACUUCUUCCGAGCCAUUUGGCACGAAUCGCCCGCAGCGCCCGCGGGGAUUCGUGACUGGCGUACGCGA